CAAGGCAAAGAGGGAAGAGCCUAAGAGGCGAAUGUGUUAUCACAAUAUCGUCGCUGCGCUUUGUUAUGACAGAUGAAACUGGGAUAUGUUGAGUAAUGGCGACUGCAAGUUUAAAAGCCUUUGUGGCCGAACAGAGAUCAAGAGCUAUUUGUAACUGUGGAGGAUUUUAUAAGGACAGAAAGCGUCUCGUUUUCGGAAUAUUCACUGAUGUUACUGGAUAGACAGUGAGAAGCAUCAUGCCCAGUCAAGGCAGGAUCUGGUCACAGCCCGGUCAGGAUAUGCCUCUGGAUAUGCCAGGGGAUAUGCCGCAGGAUAAUCCACCAGGUAUGGCAGGAGGUAUGCAACAAGAUAUGCCACAGGAUGUACCACAGGAUAAUCCACCAGGUAUGGCAGGAGGAGGUAUGCAACAAGAUAUGCCUCUGGAUAUGCCUCAGAGUAUGUCACCACUUAUUCAUGUUCCUGUACAAGAGACGGCAGGAAUGGGAGCAGGACCUGGGAUAGGGGAGGAGGUUGUUUAUGUGCAUGAGGAGCAAAAUCGGACUGAACCGCGACCUAUGAUGCAAACGGUGGGAGAAUCUGAUGCAGGGGUACCACCUAGAGAUGAAAUCCAGGCAGGGGCACAGUAUGGAGGUGAAACUCAGGCAGGGGCACAGUCUGGAGAUGGAGCUCAGGCACAAACUGAUGCUGGAACAGUGGCAAGGCCAAAGACACGAAGGGGAACAACAGUCUGGGCACAAGCUCAAUAUCCAUCACUGGCCAAGACGCCACAGCCAGGUGGAGUACCAGAUUGGGCACUGCCUCAAGAAUUGACACAGGCAGGGGCAGAUUUACAUGCUGGAGCCUGGGCACAAACCGGGACUCGAACACAGACAGAAACAAAGUCCACAGGGGGAAGAACAGUUUGGGCACAGGCUCAAGAUGAAACACAUUCAGAGGCAACACCGCAAAGUGGAGAGCAAGGUUGUGUACUACCUCGAAAAGGAACUCAGACACGGGCACAUUUACAAGGUGGAGCUUGGGCACAACCUCUUGAUGGAAAACAGGCAGGGGAACAGUUGCAAGGUGGAGCUUGUGCACAACCUCUUGCUGAAACUCAGACAGGGACACAAUUACAAGGUGGAGCUUGGGCAAAGCCUCACGAAGGAACACAUAAAGGGGCACUGUCACAAGGUGAAGCCAUGGUGGACGUCCCCGAAGGUCCACUUCAACCCCAAGCAAGUGUAAAGGGACAAAGUGGGCCUGGCCCACCCACUAUGGCUGGACAUGCUGGUACUGGGCAGGUUGGAGAGGAGGUUUGGGCUCAGGAUGAAGAGGACGUUUGGGCUCAGGAUGAAGAUGAGGUUCUGGCUCAGGAUGAAGAGGAGGUUUGGGCUCAGGAUGAAGAUGAGGUUCUGGCUCAGGAUGAAGAGGAGGUUCUGGCUCAGGAUGAAGAUGAGGUUCUGGCUCAGGAUGAAGAGGAGGUUUGGGCUCAGGAAGGAGAGGAGUUUUGGGCUCAGGAUUGGGAGGAGGUUUUGGCUCAGGAUGAAGAGGAGGUUUUGGCUCAGGAUGAAGAGGAGGUUUUGGCUCAGGGUGAAGAGGAGGCUUGGGACGAAGAGCGAAGACAGAGGGAGGCCCAGGAACAAGAGAGAAGACAUAGGGAGGCUCAGGAACUAGGCCGAAGACAGAGGAGAAAUCUCUACUUAGAACACCUGAGGGGACAGGGUCACCAUCUUGAAAGAAGGGGGCAAGUCAUUAAUUAUGGCGGGAACGUAAAUCUGAUAACCAACUACUUCAGCGUGAACUUCGUACGCAGCAUCCCCCUGUACCAGUACCACGUUGAAUACAACCCUCCCUGUGAGUCCAAGAGGGUCAGAACGGCGCUGUUGUAUGUUCAUCAAGAGCUUAUCGGCGAAGUGCAUGUUUUUAACGGCACCAUGUUGUUCCUUCCACGCCGUUUACCAAAUGAGGUGACGGAGGUACAUUCAACACGACAGUAUGACGGUGUCCAGAUCAGGCUGACCAUCACGUUGAGGUCCGAGCUGCCUCCCGAUGCUCCACAGGCCAUCCAAGUAUUCAACAUCAUCCUCAGAAGGUUGUUAAAGCACCUCGGCAUGGAAAAGGUCCAGAGACACCACUAUGACUUUGAGAGUAGUGUCGACAUCACGAGAUACCAACGUACGAUACUUCAGGUAAUCCCAGGUGUGGCUGCCUCCAUCCUGCCCUUUGAGGACCGGGUACUGCUGAACGUGGAUCUAACCCACAAGGUCAUACGGACGGACACAUGUCUGGACGUUAUCAACAGAGAGUACAUGACACAGACCAACAUGGAUGAUGUCAGACGUGCGUUGAUCGGCUGUGUUGUCAUCACCAGGUACAACAAUCGAACCUACAGGGUGGAUGACGUUAAUGACUCACUCACUCCGACAGACACGUUCAGACUCACCAACGGUACCACCAUCACCUUUCAGGAAUACUUCCAGCAGCACUACCAGAUCACCAUAGUAGAUCAGGCCCAACCACUCCUGAUGUCCAGACCAACUGGCCGGGAUCGGAGGCGUGGACAGACUGGACCCAUCUACCUGGUGCCUGAGCUCUGCUUCAUCACAGGUCUUCCAGAUGAGAUGCGGCUAGGCUAUUUAGUGAUGAAAAAUGUGGCUGUUCAUCCCAGAAUCCCACCCAAUGAUAGGGUUGACAAGUUACUGAGGUUCAGGAACAGGCUUGAAAGAAACCAACAAACACAUCAAGAACUUGAAAACUGGGGGUUUGGAUUCUCCGAAACACUAUUGGUAGUGCGUGGACGUAUCCUUAUUCCUGAACAAAUCAUCGGAGGUGGAAAUGUCAACUUCUCUUACAACCCUAAGUAUGGACGUUGGCUUCAUAACAAGAAGCCCCUGGUGACUGUCGCCCUUAGAAACUGGCUCAUCCUGUUUCCAAAGAAACACGACGAAAUAGCCCUUCACUUUGUGUGGUUUCUCGAAAGAGCGGGUCAAAAGAUGGACAUGCAGAUCUCACAUCCAACCAAGAUUGCCUUGGAUGACGACCGGAACGAAACAUAUCUGAGGGCUUUGAGGAACUCCUUGACCUCUGACCUCCAGAUGGUGGUAUGCAUAGUCAGCGACAACAAGAAGGACCGAUACAAUGCCAUCAAGAGGUUCUGUACAUGUGAGAUAUCAGUCCCAUGUCAAGUAGUGUUACAGAGGACCCUGGCUGUUUCGCGGUUGAUGAAGAGUAUGGCUAGAAACAUAGCAAUACAGCUCAACUGCAAACUGGGAGGAGAAGCAUGGGCGUUGGACAUUCCUUUUGUUGUUCCUGUCAUGGUGAUUGGUAUCGACACCUACCCGGACAUGUCCAUGAGGAACUGGUCCGUGUGUGGCGUGGUUUGCAGCAUGAACACCAUCUGCACUCGCUUCUACAGCAGAGUCAUCUUCUAUGAAAGUCAUGAUGAGCUGAUCAAUAGACUGAUGCCAGUAUGUAGAGAGGCCCUGAGGUUCCUGGAAAUACGUGGUGUUCUACCUGAGAAGAUUUUCAUCUAUCGUGAUGGUGUCAGAGAGGGCCAACUGGAUGCCGUAGUCAGUCGUGAGCUGCCACGGGUCAAGGAAAUCUUUCAACAGUACAGGGAGAACUACAGUCCACGUUUGUCAUUCAUCGUGGUGAAUAAGCAAAUCAACACACGGCUGUUCAUCAGGACCACUGAUGUGGAAAACCCUCCUCCUGGUACAGUGGUGGACUCUGUCAUUACCAAACAGGAAUGUUACAACUUCUUCCUGGUGAGCGAGUCGGUGAAUAAUGGCACAGUGUCGCCCACCCAGUACACCGUCAUCUGGGACGACACAGGACUUCGUCGAGAGCACCUACAGCGACUUACCUUCAAGUUGACCCACCUCUACUACAAUAGGCCGAGGACCAUCCAAGUACCUGCCCCCUGUCAGUAUGCUCACAAACUGGCCUUUCUAGUCGGACAGAGCCUACACCGGGAACCGUCAAUACACCUGGCUGACAGACUGUACUACCUGUAGUCAGAUCACUUCGUUAGUCAUCUGUACUCCUGGCUCACAGACUGUACUACCUGUAGUCAGAUCACUUUGUUAGUCAUCUGUACACCUGGCUGACAGACUGUACUACCUGUAGUCAGGUCACAUCGUUAGUCGUCAAUACACCUGGCUGACAGACUGUACUACCUGUAGUCAGAUCACAUCGUUAGUCAUCUGUACACCUGGCUGACAGACUGUACUACCUGUAGUCAGGUCACAUCGUUAGUCAUCUGUACACCUGGCUGACAGACUGUACUACCUGUAGUCAGAUCACGUCGUUUGUCAUCUGUACACCUGGCUGACAGACUGUACUACCUGUAGUCAGGUCACAUCGUUAGUCAUCUGUACACCUGGCUGACAGACUGUACUACCUGUAGUCAGAUCACAUCGUUAGUCAUCUGUACACCUGGCUGACAGACUGUACUACCUGUAGUCAGAUCACUUCGUUAGUCAUCUGUACACCUGGCUGACAGACUGUACUACCUGUAGCCAGAUCACAUCGUUAGUCAUCAAUACACCUGGCUGACAGACUGUACUACCUGUAGUCAGGUCACAUCGUUAGUCAUCUGUACACCUGGCUGACAGACUGUACUACCUGUAGUCAGGUCACGUCGUUAGUCAUCUGUACACCUGGCUGACAGACUGUACUACCUGUAGUCAGGUCACGUCGUUUGUCAUCUGUACACCUGGCUGACAGACUGUACUACCUGUAGUCAGGUCACAUCGUUAGUCGUCAAUACACCUGGCUGACAGACUGUACUACCUGUAGUCAGGUCACAUCGUUAGUCAUCUGUACACCUGGCUGACAGACUGUA